AUGGCAGGUGAUUAUUCCAAGAACAUCUCUUCCAAUGGUUUCCUCUCCCUUCCCAUCGAAUCUAAAGCUUCCAAUACAAAGCGCAGUCGAUCUGUUUCGGACGCUGGCUCCGAACAGUCUGCAAGAUCCAGCCUAUCUAGGAUUACAUAUGUCGAGGAAGAUUCUCAGAUCGCUACUAAUGCAGACCUAGAGGAUUCCGAUAGCAUCAUCCCGGCAAAAUACACUUGCUUAGAUCGUCUGGUCGUGUUUAUUCGCAUCCUGUUUUGUCUCCCGAUUCCAAUGAUGAUGAUGAAGAAGGACAAAAAAUCUGCAAAGCCUGCCGAGGCUGUGUCAUUCAAUAUGGAGAGCUCUCCAUGGGUACUCUCCGUGUUCGUUCUAUCAACGCGGAAAGAUUCGAAUAAACAGCCGGUACCUAAACACGCGAAGUGUACCAUCGAUACCGGUAAUAUGCAGGGAAACAUCGUUUCGAGGGAGUUCGUUGAAAACGUCCUGGAGUAUUCAGAAGCAAACUUUGUUCGUUUGACAGCAGAGGAAAGGGAGGGCGGUUUUGGUAUAACAGGCGACAAACUUGUGCCAGAAGGAGCCAUUUAUUUGACUUGGUACCACAGCAAAAGUACUAGGGUUUUCCAUAAAAUGAGGUUUCUAAUCUCGCCCUAUUCCCAUUGCGACCUUAUCAUUGGAGCUCGAUCCAUACUAAAGGACAACUUGCUUGGCGUUCCCAACCUGAUGGCAACAGUGACUCUGACUACUAGGGUUGCAAACAAAGAUGAUGAAAGAAAGGACAAAAAUGAAUCCGACCUAGAAAAAUAUUGUCUUAAACUUGAGAAGAGAUACCAAGAUAAGGAAAUCGAGCUGCUAGAAGCGGGAGAGGAUACAGAUAACAAUGAGGAGUUGAAGGAAAUCAGAGAAGCCUGUGAUGUCGUCAAGCAAUUUCACCUAAUCCGACAGGCAGAACUGGAGAACGACCAAAAGCUGAUAAUUCAAUUGAAGAAAGAAUUGGAGAAGCUACCAGGUCAUGAGAAUUAUGAGGUCCCCUCUAAAUCACAUACCACUUCCUCCGGUUCAGAACAAAAGAAUGAUGUAGAUGCAGGUCGACGUGCCGUCAAGAAAACGAAUUAA